AUGUGUGCCUCUUGGGGGUGGGGGAGCCUGGGGGAUGAGGUUAACAGAAGGGGCCCUUGGACAGCUGAGGAAGACAAGCUUCUCAUCCAAUACGUUAGAAUGCAUGGUGAAGGGAGAUGGAAUUCAGCUGCAGAGUCAGUAGGGCUGAAGAGGAGUGGGAAGAGUUGUAGACUGAGGUGGGUUAAUUACCUGAGGCCUGACCUCAAGAAAGGGCACAUCACACCAGAAGAGGAGCGCCUCAUUGUGGAGCUGCAUGCCAGAUGGGGAAACAGGUGGUCCACAAUUGCUAGAAGCUUGCCUGGUAGAACUGAUAACGAGAUAAAAAACUACUGGAGAACCCAUUUCAAGAAAAAAGAAAAAACUCGAGAAAUACCAAAAAGUAGAGUUCCACUACAACAACAGCAGCUGCAACAACUACAGCAGCAAAAGCAAAGGAUGAGCAUCAACAAGAUUUUGAGUCAAUUUGGAGAAGAUGAAACCAAGUCAUCUCUCCCACAAAUGAAGCCAGACAUGGUUUGGAUACUCCCCACAUGUGAAGAGCAAUUCCUCCCUUUCAUGUUCCUCGGCGAGUCUACCCUUCCCCCAGAGCCCUCCAGAGAGGAGGGCGUCUGGGGCGGCCUUUGGAACCUAGACGACGGCGACGAUGUGACAAACACGUAUGCCGCAAGCAACAUUAUGGCACAAAACUAUGCCGACCACAAUCCUUUUGGUCUUCCAACCUACUGA